CAACACAGUGCCUUGGAGAGCAGAUGAACAGACUCAAAGAACAACGAAUAAAGAUCACAAACUGAUAUAGAUCAUUAUCUUUCCUUUUGAUUAAUGAUACUGUGAUACAUAAUUCGUUUAAUUGUUUAAUUGUGCAAACUAACGACAAUCAGUAUUGGAUAUAAUGGAAUGCUCUUCUCAUAUUUACAUUUAAUUGAAAAGCUGAAUAUACAACCAACAAUAAAGUAAAUAAAUGGGAAGUCAAGACAAUAAGGAUAUUUCAAGAAGAAGGGUUCACAUUUUCUUCCUGUGGUUGUUGGAUAAUCAACGUGCCACUGAUGGACACCGAUGGGGAUUGAGUUGUGUUUAACCAGGAAAAUAUGAAAAGAAAUGCAACGUUCACGUUGGUUAAGCAGUCCUAGUGCUCCCUUUUCGAAGGGUUUUCUUCAACGCUCGAUGACAUCUGUCAAAAACGUGUCGAGGAAUGGAGCGCGCCAGUCAGUUGAAGCCAAUGUCUUUUAUUUAUGGAGAGUUCUGGAAUAUGUCAACCAAUGAUACCAAUGUCAAUUUAACGACACGAGGAGAGGAGAAGGAUAAUUUGACUUUUCAAGCUGGUUUAGCAGUUACAUUAUCCCUAAUAACUUUUGCAACAACAUUAUCAAAUGCAUUUGUUAUUGCUACUAUUUAUCAAUCCAGAAAACUGCAUACGCCUGCAAACUUACUGAUAGCAUCGCUCGCCCUGACAGACCUUCUGGUGUCCGUAUUGGUGAUGCCAAUCAGCGCGCUAUACACGGUGAGUCAAACAUGGACUUUGGGCCAAGUUAUGUGCGACAUAUGGUUGUCUUCAGACAUAACGUGUUGUACCGCAUCCAUUCUUCAUCUGUGUAUAAUUGCGCUGGACCGUUACUGGGCAAUAACAGACGCGGUUGAGUACACCAAGAAGCGCACAUCAGCGCGCGCCGCGGGGAUGAUCGCCACUGCCUGGGUGAUUGCCAUCUCUAUCUCACUACCGCCCUUCUUCUGGCGUCAGGUGAAAGCGGAGGAAGUUACCACUUGCAAUGUGAACACUGAUCACAUUUUCUACACAAUUUAUUCCACUUUUGGAGCCUUCUAUAUUCCCACGCUGUUACUCAUAGCCCUUUACGGUAGGAUCUACGUGGAAGCCCGAAAGAGGAUCUUGAAACAGUCGUCUAAUAAUAAACCGGGGAAAAGACUCACCUCUGCCCAUUUGAUAACAAACUCGCCAGGUACAAACUCUGUGGCAUCAACAGUCUCUCUAAAUUACGGGACGAACGAAGCCUCUUCUUGUGAAGCUAAUAGCUUACCUGCCAAUGUGAACUAUGUGAAAGUCACUGUAUCCGACGCGCUCCUGGAGAAGAAGAGGAUCUCAGCUGCCAGGGAAAGAAAGGCGACUAAAACUUUAGGGAUCAUUCUUGGAGCUUACAUCAUAUGCUGGCUACCGUUUUUCAUUUACACCUUAGUGGUUUCAGUCUGUGCGUCAUGUUUCUAUCCAGAAUUAUUUGACAUAUUUACUUGGUUGGGUUACCUUAACUCUUUAAUAAACCCCAUCAUAUACACCAUGUCCAAUGAGGAUUUCAAAAAGGCUUUCCACAAACUAAUACGCUUCAGAUAUUGCAGGUCCUGAAAAUAGGCUACCAGACAUAAAAGGCUGCCAAAACCACUACAUUUUGUUCAGCUAUGUCAAACUGCACCUCUCCAAUAAUUGCAACAUGUUAAGUCUCCGUCAUCAUCAACCUGUAAACAUGUGCAGUAUUGUAUCUUGCAUGCUUUCGAAACGCCUAGCAACAUUAUUAUCUUAAUUACAUUAUAUCCUUCACAGUCAUACAGUACAUGGCCUGCAGGCAUAUUCUGUAAACUUGAUUAUUUAGCAAAACCAGAAUGUAUUGAUCUAUCACUGCUAGCGACAUUAUUAUAAUAAUGAUCUUUUAGCCUACUUCACAGGCAUGCAAUACAUGGCCUGCAGUCAUAUUCUGGAAACGUGAUUAUUUUGCAAAACAAGAAUGUAUUGAUAUAUCACUGCCAUUAUUGAACAAUCUAUCCAGAAAUCAUAGGCUAUAAUCUCUGCUGCCUUCCUUAUGAUUGGCAGUCAUGAGAUUACAACCCACCCUAUACAAUUCGUAUUCCAACCUAAAUCAACAUUUUGAUAAGGACUUUUCCCAUUAUAUCAAAGGUUAAUAUUAAGGAGUAUGUGUUGGAAAUCGGUAGACUUUGUAGUGGGACCAGCAAGGCUUGAUUUAACGUUUAAUAUUUAAACAUGCAUGGAAAGCCUGCUGUGUGACCAACGCUGUAUGACACAGAGUUACUGUAGGCGAACUGGUAUGAGGAAAUUAUAAGCACAAGAUUCUGAGAUUCUGCCCCCCCUUAGACAAAAAAUAUAGAGUUUGUCCCAAUGAGAUAUCCUUUCUUCUGAAGUGUACACUUGUUCACUACCUCCCACAACUCUAAAAUCAUUGGACUGUUGGAGGGAUGGGCUAGUCGGAUUCAAUUAUUCCACCGUAUGUCUUAUACCAGUAUUUCCUUUCUUAUACCCAGGAAUUUCCCAGCAUACUUUGAGAGGAAGGAGAUCAAAUUGGGACACAGACUACAGAGUUAUUUUCUGUUCCAUGUCUUAUAUGUUUUCUAUUGGUUCGACUCCUUAAUGAGAUCAGUAUGAAGUUUAUGAUAAAAUAACAUCCCUAAUUUCAUCUCAUAGUCAAUGUAAAUAAUCGUUACUCUAUUACUUUAUUGUGGGUAAUGUUGUUUACUUCAGACUGGACUAUAAGCUGACCUCUUGUUGUUAAACAAGCCUCAAUGUAUUUAUAUCUGUAUGCAUUGUAAUAUAUAUGUAUGUGUGUAUGUAUGUACGUAUGUGUGUAAAUGUAUUUAUUUAUGUCAUUUUCAUUAUAUUUUGCUAUGGAGCUGCUUAAAUUGCCUGCGGGUGUUCACUCUGCUGCAACCUGAUUAUGGGCAUUAGCCUACAGAAUACUGUUGGUAGAAUUAUACAAAUCAAACUCAAAUAUGACAGACAAGAAUACAGACAACUAACACAUUUCUUCACCUACAGUACCAUUACUCAUAUUGAUCAUGUUUCACAGAUGUCUCAGCAUGCUUGCCCUUUAUAAUCCAGGCAAGACUGCAUGUGUUAAGUGCAAGAUCAAAUAGCAGAAUUAACAGAGAUAAUAAGCUGUUAAAAAGCCAUUCAAAUUUGAUUGGUAAACUUAUCUUUUUGAGGAAUCCAACCACUGCAGAGAUGCAAUCGUAACAGCCAAGAAGAUAAACGACUCAAAACAGCUACACACAGAUAUACCAUCUUAAUCGACAGUACUUGCUUUAUAAUGGCAAACUAUGUUCAUGAGGUACUACUGUAUACUAUUGCAGUAUUCCUGUAAUGGAAAUUCUAUACCGAACAAAAGUAUAAAUGCAACAUGCAACAAUUUCCACGAUUUGACUGACUUACAGUUCAUAUAAGGACAUCAGUCAAUUGAAAUACAUUAAUUAGGCCCUAAUCUAUGUAAAUCACAUAACUGGGCAGGGGCGCAGGCAUGGAUGGGCCUGGGUGGGCAUAGGCCCACCCACUUGGGAGCCAGGCCCACUCACUGGGGAGCCAGGCCCAGCUAAUCAGAAUGAGUUUUUCACCACAAAAGGGCUUUAUUACAGACAGAAAUACUCCUCAGUUUCAUCAGCUGUCCGGGUGGCUGGUCCCAGACAAUCCCGCAGGUGAAGAAGCUGGAUGUGGAGGUCCUGGACUGGCGUGGUUACACAUGGUCUGCAGUUGUGAGACCGGUUGAACGGAUUGCCAAAUUCUCUAAAAUGACGUUGGAGCUGGUUUAUGAUAGAGAAAUUAACAUUCUGUUCUCUGGCUACAGCUCUGGUGGACAUUUUUACAGUCAGCAUGCCAAUUGCACGCACCAUCAAAACAUGAGACAUCUGUGGCAUUGUGUUGUGUGAUAAAACUGCACAUUUUAGAGUGGCCUUUUAUUGAUUUAGCACAAGGUGCAGCUGUGUAAUGAUCAUAUUGUUUAAUCAGCGUCUUAAUAUGCCACACCUGUCAGGUGGAUGGAUUAUCUUGGCAAAGGAGAAAUGCUCACUAACAGGGAUGUAAACAAAUGUGUGCAUAACAUGUUAGAGAAAUAAGCUUUUUGUGCGUAUGGAACAUUUCUGGGAUCUUUUAUUUCAGAUUAUGAAACAUGGGACCAACACUUUACAUGUUGCGUUUUUAUUUUUGUUCAUUAUAUUUCAUCCAAAUGAGCUACUGCUGUACAGUAAAACUUCUCUGCUCAUAAUGAAUGCACAGCUUUUGCCUUGAUCCUGUGGGUAAAGGUCUA